GCUGACUUUUCUCGUACUAUCUACCCUCUUUAUCUAUUCUCUUGAUAGACACUCUGUGACUCUGCACCUGGCAAUGGUGUAACCUCGUCUUGUGCGCAACAAGCGUCCAACCCCCAACAACCACCGCCUCUAUGCGAGCGGUACUGCCGGGGAGGCCCCCGACGAAGCUCCAGUCGUUCAGCACUGCGCUGUGGGAUGGGCUUCGCGUUAUUGUGUACAUUUCCGGCCAAGCACUGGUUAUCCUCGGCGGUCCACACAAGCUCCUACAAACCAUUUACGUCGACGAUACCGAUGUCUUAGAGGCAGUAACGAUCGAUGAAGUCUCCGGCAAAAUUGCCGCGUGUGGUGGGCCUGACGUUUUCAUAUACCAACCAUAUGGAAUCCAGAACGAAACGCUCAAGUGGUCCCUAGUACAAACGUUCCGCAGCGACGAUGACAACGAGACGAUCCGUACCCUAUCGUGGGGCUCGCCCGAUGAACUGCUUCUGGGAAACUCCCACCUUACCCUCUGGUUUCUGAACGAUCAGCCGCGACCGGUGUGGAAGCAAGCGCUGGCAAGCACGGUCAAGUUCGCCCAGUUCUCCCCGGAUGCGACGCUUUUGGUGACCGCCGGACAUUAUGAUCGCAUGGUUAAGGUUUGGCGAAGGCUGAAUUUUGGUAAUAACAUUCGGUUCGAAGUGUCUUAUCUUCCACAUCCGACCGUUGUCACCGGGAUUCACUGGCGCCGACCCUACCAUAGGGAGCAGUCGAUGGGCAAUGUCUUCUACACGCUGUGCGCGGACAAUAAGAUCAGGGUCUGGGCAACGAUGGACUAUCAUGCUCCAACUGCCUUGCAACUUUGGACGCAAAUCGACAUGGGCGCAUCGGUUCAGCCGAGACAUGCAACAAAGGAAACGGAUACCUCCCGGCGGUACGGCUUCAUAGUUGACAGCCGAGAUUUUUGCGUUGCGACCGAGAAGGCUGUCCAGCGAGGCACAGGCAACACGGAUAAUCACGCCCUGGAGCAUAUAAUCGAGGUGGCAAACAAGAGCCCGGAAAUUUGCGUUGUCAUAGACGGCGAGGGACACAUGUCGGCGUGGGCGUUGCAAGAUGUUGGAUCGAAGGCCAAGGCGGAAUUAAACGUGUUCAACAUUCUCCAUGUCGAGGGCUUGAAUUUUGCGUUCAUGCCUGGUUUGACGAUUGAAGAGGACUAUGCGCAGCUGUGCGCUUUCCAGGGUACAGAACCGGGCGACUCGAUCGCCGUCCUAGUUCACCAUUUCGACGGUCGGAUUGAGUGGUUUGACUCGCCAGUCGACGUACUAUUCGACCCAGCACCCCGCAAGAACCGAGUUGUCAUGAGAGCAUCAUGGACAGGACACAAUGGGCCAAUCAAGAAGAUUGUCCGUAAUGCAAUUGGAGAUACACUCGCCUCUCGAACAGAUGACAGCAAAGCGUUGAUUUGGAGGCAGAAACAGAGAGAUGGUGGGUCGGUGCUGCUCCGGCAGUGUGCACUGUUAGCAGAAGAGCAUAUUCAUCGCAGCUGUGUUGUCGGCGAUGGAGACUUCCUUGUGAAUCUUCAUCAUGAUGGAAUUUCCGUUUGGGAUAUUCAUUCUUUCCAUGCGAAAAAGCUUGCAGCAGCAAAAUUCAAGCUGUCCAGCAAACCACUCUGUGUCUUACCGAUUCCUGCUGCGGAAUCGAAUGGUGUCGUGUAUAUAGCAACCAUUGCGAGUGGCAUGGAUGGAAUAGCUUGGGAGAUACAGCUGCCGAACUCGAAACAGGGGAAGCCCGAGUGCAGUCUACGCAAGUUCUGCACAUUUCACCUUGGCAUUCAAGAGGACAUCGCUUACAUAUUGCCUGUUGAUCCAGCUGGACGCAAAGCCGAAAUGACUGGCUUUUUCGACCUCUUCUCGCCGGAUAUUGCCUUGUCAUACACUAAGACUGGCACCGUCAGGACGUGGACGGCCAAGGUUGAUAGGGACAACGAUCGCGUCGAUUGGCUCCUGACAUCUACAGUCGAAACAGGCAUCACGAACUUGUCACUGGCUAGCGGUAGCUCUAUUCGCAAAGCUGCCCUGGUCGAUGAAGAUCGUACACAUCUGACUAUAUGGGAUACGAACGAUGCGCAGUUAGAAUUCGAGGAGCACUUUUCGCAGCAAGACUCCAUUCGUGACCUCGAUUGGACAUCAACCCCGGAUAUGCAAUCUAUCCUUGCAGUUGGAUUUCCACACAAAGUCAUUCUUCUCACUCAACUGCGCUACGAUUAUCUUGAUUCGCGUCCGUCCUGGACACAGAUCCGAGAGAUCUGGAUCCGUGAUCUCACACCACAUCCCAUUGGGGACUCCUGCUGGCUUAGCAAUGGUCAUCUCGCCAUCGGAGCUGGAAACCAACUAUUCAUUUAUGAAAAUGAGAUCAGUGCUGCUGAUCACCUGAUAUCUCAGCUGCGUAUACCUGCUCGUGGCCUUUCUACAGUUGACCUGUUUGAUGUCGUGAGCAGACUCAACGGACCAUUACCUGUUUUCCAUCCACAAUUUCUGGCACAGUGUAUUCUCAGCGGAAAGACAAAUUUAGUGCACUCCAUACUAUUGAACCUCCAUCGGAAACUGAAAUUUUACACGGAAGGGGACGACAUCGAUGGGUUUCUUGAAAUGUCUCUGGAGGACUUCUACCUCGAGCAUGAUACCCCACAGAAAGCAACCUCAAAAGAGCUCAAUUCAUCGUAUGCCGACCUUUCCCUGGAGGAUGAAGUGACCGUGGUGGAUGAGAAUAUAGCUGUUGCGCUCAAUGAAAAUCUGGCACGAUUUGCCCUACCACAACUGUCCAGCCAGGAACAAUUUCGGCUUGUUGACACCGUUGAAUGUGUGGCAACUGUUGAGAAGCACCGGCGCUCAAUGGAUGACAAUGCUGCUCGGUAUCUCCUCUUCUUCCGACAACAUCUGCUGCGCAGGACUCAGGGAGUCGCCAUCAGCGAUACAGUGUCAUGGAGAGAAAUUGUGUGGGCUUUUCAUAGCGGUAGCCAGGAUAUUCUGGUAGAUCUGGUUUCGCGACAGUACGGUGGAAAAGUGGGUUGGAAGUCAGCUCGUGAGAGCGGCAUUUUCAUGUGGCUGUCGAACCCUGCUGCCGUGCGGGCUCAACUCGAGGUGGUUGCUCGAAAUGAGUACACCAAGACUGAGGAGAAGAACCCGGUCGACUGCUCAUUGUACUACCUGGCUCUCCGAAAGAAAAAUAUUCUCCAAGGACUGUGGCGCAUGGCGCAUUGGCAUCGUGAGCAAGCGAUGACGCAACGGUUGCUGUCGAAUAAUUUCGACGAACCGCGAUGGAAAACAGCAGCACUGAAGAACGCUUAUGCUCUACUUGGGAAACGGAGGUUUGAAUACGCUGCCACAUUUUUCCUACUUGCUGGGCAUAUACGCGACGCUGCUCUCGUAUGUGUGAAUCAAGUGGGCGAUCUACAGCUUGCGAUUGCCAUCACCCGUGCAUAUGAAGGCGAUGAUGGGCCUGUUCUGAAGGAGCUUCUCGAGGAAAGGGUGCUUCCCGAGGCUGCUGCCGAUGGCAAUCGAUGGAUGGCUUCUUGGGCUUUCUGGAUGCUAGGACGUCGCGGGAUGGCCGUCCAAUCAUUAAUCUCACCUGUCGAGUCACUCAUACCUCCUACACCCUCUUCACCUGGAUCACCGGGGAUGAUUCCUCUGCAGGCCAAGUCUUACCUCUCCAACGACCCUGCAUUAGUCGUCCUUUACAAGCAACUCCGCGAAAAGACCUUGCAAACACUCAAAGGAGCAUCGAAAAUCUCCCCGCAGGCGGAAUGGAGUUUUGUCACCCGCAACGCUCGUCUAUAUGAUCGUAUGGGCUGUGACCUUCUUGCACUGGAUCUCGUUCGACACUGGGAGUUCCUCGGUGGACUACCACUCCCUCCUAAAAAGGCGAAAGAGAUUCCAGUGGACCUGCAAGAAGAGGAGCCUGAUUACCGCAAGCUGCUCCGACGUCGGAGUAGUCUCGUGGUGGCAGAUCUGCCGGUCAAGGAGCGCCUCGCCCCUAAACCGCAGACCCCGGCUAGAUCACAGAAGACGCCGAAACCGCCCCCGACGAUGUUCCAUGAGCCCGAUGCGAACUCCUUACUUGACAGCUUUGGGUUUUGAUUCAUACUAGGUCUUCAACAGCGGCAGUGAUAGGCGAAUAUAUUGUCCAUUUUUGCGUCUAAUUGUACAGAUCGGUUGACCUGUGGCUGCCUUCUGAGUACUCGUUCGUAUUCUCUUGUCGAGGUUCCAAAAAAAAGGGCAUGCGGGCGGAGCCGUGUAUAUUGAAGUUCGUUCUAACUCCGGUAUGUGAAUAAGCGGUUUGUUAUGUAAGAUGAUAACUAUUGUUUGUUGAACAUAAAGCUUUAUUAUAAUAUGUAUGAU